AUUGAAGUCUCUGCUGGAACAAAUAGAAAGGGUGAUUACAUUAAAAUUCAAGAGAAAAGAAGAGAAGGAAUGAGUUUCAUUUUAAUCCCCUUUGGUCAUAGGAAUGAGGAAAUUAAUUUGUUUUCUAAAACUUUAUCAUUCUUCUUUGACAAGAUCACUAAGAUUGAAGCUCAUAGGCCACCAGAUAAGACUGUCUUUACUGCCCUUCAAGGUCAAGUUCCUUCUCUUCACCCCAUCUUGGAAACUUCAGUAUACCUCUCACAUAGCACUCCCCAUCCUGCAGCUUUAGGAGCUGUAACUUCAGUGUUUACAGAGAAGUCUUCACUCCGGCAGGUUGCAGAAAACGAGGGAGUUAGUAGUUGUGCUAAUGAGUCUCUGGGAACUGAUUUGAGCAGUAAUAACUCCCAAGGAGACAAGGACAGUGAUUUGGCAGAGACCCAAUUUGUUGUAGGAACUGUCACAGAGGCAAUAAGGGAGCCAAAAUCUGUUCAGAAUCGAGAGAACUCUGACAUUUCUUCUUGCUCCUUGGUUACCGAGAGUGGAAAUGUUGAUUCCUCGAAGGGUAGGGAGGCAAUAGCAGGUAGGGAUGAUCAAGUCCAUAAGCCCCUUUCCCCCUUUGCAAUGGAAUUUAUCCCCCAAUCCAACUCUUUCAGCACUCUUUCACAUCUUGGAACAGAAGAAAAUGUUAUGGAGGAGGAUCCUUUCAAACAUUUCAAUGAGAAAAGUUUGGUUCUUCAUUUUAAUGCUCUUGAAGAGAGAUUGUCCCCAAGUGACGAACCCAUUUGGUACAACCAUUCGGAUGUUGAAGAUGCCCCAUUCUGUGUAUCAAAGCUAAGGCCUUUAGCAAUUGAUCUUUCUAAAUGCUCGAAAAUAUCUAUGGAUUUACCAAAAGUCUUUAAACGAAGGAAACUAUUCUCUCCUUCGCAGAUUGUUACACGUAGUAAAGCCAAGGUUCUUUCCUCGUGUAAUAGCAUUCUCCCUUUGGGCAGGUAUGUCUCCGAAUCUGAUGACAAUUUUGUUAGUGAAUUUGAAGGUGCUCUGGAAAAUAUCUGUCGACCAAUUAAAGGUGGAAAAGAGUUGGACUUUUCACUACAAGCCCCAAAACCAAAAAAGAAAGGGAGACAGCGUUCAAAAGCUCAAAAGAAGAAGAAGAAGAGCUUGCAAUGAUUCCUUCAAGCCUAUUGAAGAUUCUGUCUAGUAACCAGAAGUUACCAUUUGCUUGAUCUUUCUUGAUAAUGAUAUUCACACUUUAAGACUUGUCUAAGUCUUGGUGAGUUAAGAACUUAUUGGCAGUGCAUUGGUCCUAGUUGCGCUGAGGCUUGGAUCUAG